AGUGCCUCUGAAGCUCAAUUGACCAAAACACAUCAAUUGCAAGCACCAUGAACACCACACUCCUCCGCACAUCUGCCCUGCGCUCUGCCGCCAGGGCUACCGCACCCGCCGUCUCUCGAGCUGGCCUCGCAGGCACCACAUUCGUCCGCGGAAAGGCCACUCUUCCCGACCUUUCAUACGACUACGGCGCCCUCGAGCCCGCCAUCUCGGGCAAAAUCAUGGAACUCCACCACAAGAACCACCACAACACCUACGUAACCUCGUUCAACAACUUCAGCGAGCAAAUCGCCGAGGCCAAGCAGAAGCAGGACAUCGCCGCGCAAAUCGCGCUCCAGCCAUUGAUCAACUUUCACGGCGGCGGCCAUCUCAACCACACCCUGUUCUGGGAGAACUUGGCGCCCACCAGCCAGGGCGGCGGCGAGCCCCCAACGGGCGCCCUGAGCAAGGCGAUUAACGACAGCUACGGCAGCUUGGACGCGUUCAAGGAGAAGUUCAACACCGCGCUGGCGGGCAUCCAGGGCAGUGGGUGGGCGUGGUUGGUCCAGGAUACCCAGACGGGCAGUGUGCAGAUCAGGACGUACGCGAACCAGGACCCUGUAGUGGGGCAGUUCAGGCCGAUUUUGGGUGUUGAUGCUUGGGAGCAUGCGUACUACCUCCAGUACCAGAACCGCAAGGCGGAGUACUUCAAGGCUAUCUGGGACGUCAUCAAUUGGAAGGCGGCGGAGAAGCGCUUCAAGUGAACUACACGAAUAGUCUAGGGAGGGAUAUGCUGCUCGAUGUACGUUGACUUCUUAGUCGACUGCUAGUGCUUUGGCAGUAUAGUAAGCCGAAUGACACAAGACAACAUAUUCAUCUACAAUGACUCCAACUUCAUGAGAAAAUCGCACGACCGGUCAACUGUAGUAGGUCAUAAAUUCGAUUAAUGUCAGAAACGAGCGCAAA